AUGAGGAUGAAGGCGGACAAUGGGUGGGACGGCCACCGUUGGGCUGUGGACCACUCCUCAGGGGCACCACCGGUCCGAGCGCCCUAUAGCGCAAAGCAUAUCGGCGGCAUCCCGUUCGAUAUCACCAGGGCGCACGUUCAGGGUCGCCAAGGCUGGUACCCGAGAGGUCUGGGGCGGGGGCCCGCGCGAGAGACAGACGGCCUCAGAGAAGAGCGGGAUGCCGGCUGGGUUAGCCCCGAGCUGGCUGCAUAUAUCGUGGGCGUCUUCCAGUCGCCGCAGCUGCUUGGCGAGGGGGUUGAGGCCUGCUGGCGGUUGGGGACAAAGAGCACUCAGCGUAUAAGCUCAGCUAAGUGGCAGGUCUUCCAGCAGCAGUUCAUGGACGGUUGGGCUGUCUGGGCCAGCAACCACAACCACAAUUCAUUCUGGCGACGCCACGAGCCGGCGUUCCACGCGUAUGACUACGGCGCGAAUAUCGAGAUUCAGGAGGAGGAGGAGGAGGAGGAGGAGGGCGGGGAGCAGGGCCCUAGAGAUGGAAAUGUUCAGCAGGACAUUGAAGAGCUCUCUCUUAACGAUGAACAAAGAACACACAGCGAUGCAGUGGACGGCCGGGAGUACCAGCAGAUGCUCAGGGAGAGCAGGGACCUGCAGAGAUGA